AUGUCGUUUCAGACCGCCCCUUUCGCUGUUCAAACUCCGACAACUAUGAUGCAGUUGGAUCCAAAAGAAACAAGUUCAACAGAUAAUGGAGCAGGGAUGUCUCAGGUAGAGUUUGCUCUGUUCAACUCCGACAGGCUUCAGUCUGAUCUUGAAGGCAUGGGUAAUAAAAUCAAACAGCAUGAGGACAACUUGAAGUUUCUCAAGGCUCAGAAGAACAAGCUGGAUGGAUCAAUCCUUGACUUGCAAGUUUAUAUGAGCAAGCUUCAUCAGACAAGCACUUCUAGUAGUGAAAACAGUGAUACCAAUCUUCAGGGGGAAGAAGAUGUCAAUGAACAGAUUCUUAGGCAUGUAAACUCAGCUGCUGGAGUUUUAAGUUAUGUUCAGUCUCAUCAUUACUCGCAGGCUUCUCUGUUGGAUAUGACAAAUGGUGUAGUUGGAGUUGUAGCCAAACUGGGGAAAGUCAAUGAUGAAAACUUGAGCCAGGCUUUGUCGGAUUACUUAGGGACUAGCGUUGAUAGAAACGGUGCCAUUCAUGGGCUUGCCUCUUCCAUUGGCAGAACCAUUGAAGGCCAUUUCGAUGUCAUUUGUCUAGAAAAUCUAAGACCAUAUGUUGGCAAGUGCAUAGCUGGUGAUCCACAAAGAAGGCUUGAUCUUCCGAAACCCAAAAUGCCUAACGGCGAGUAUCCUCCUGGUUUUCUCGGAUAUGCUGUGAACUUGGUACAGAUAGAUCCAGCUUACUUGCUUUGUGUCACGGCAUAUGGAUAUGGUCUUCGUGAGACCUUGUUUUACAGUCUUUUCUCCCAUCUUCAAGUCUACAAAACGAGGGUUGAUAUGAUUAGUGCCCUGCCAUGCAUAACUGAUGGUGCAGUGUCUCUUGACGGAAUCAUCAGAAAAGCUGGGAUCUUCACACUUGGAACCCGUGAUGCGGUGGCGAACAUGAGAUUUACAAAGCCAAGUACUUCACAGACGAAGGACAAUUAUAGUGAGGCGGAGAGGAAAAUGAAUGAGCUGAGAUGGAAGAAGGAGAAAACACUGGAGGACAUGAAGCGAGCGCAAGUGCUCCGUGAUCAUGUUGUGUACAACUUUGGCAAGAAGAAAGAAGAGUUUGUUCGUUGCUUGGCUCAGAGUUCAUACACUAAUGAGGUAGUAAAUCUACUUGAUAUCUCCUCUAGCUUAUUAGUGUAG